CCUAAAACACCUCCUUUCCUCUCUCACAUCCUUUUCUUUAUAUAUAUGGCAUACACAUAUACCCGAACCCUUGCCCUUUCGAGACUAAUCGUCUCUCUAUACGAGAUUUCAAACUCUAUACUCAACUUCAAUAUUAAAUCCAACAACCCUUCUUUUGUUAAACUUAGAACCAAAUCUUCUCCUUCAUCAUCAACUUCGAUCAUCAUCUAUAGAAAAUCAGUGAACAAGUAACAAACAUGGGUAGACCACCUUGCUGUGACAAAAUCGGUGUGAAAAAAGGUCCCUGGACACCUGAAGAAGAUAUCAUACUCGUGUCUUAUAUUCAAGAACAUGGUCCAGGAAAUUGGAGAUCAGUUCCUACUAAUACAGGCUUGCUUAGAUGUAGCAAGAGUUGCAGGCUUCGAUGGACUAACUAUCUCAGGCCUGGUAUUAAACGCGGUAACUUCACUGAAGAAGAAGAGAAGACCAUUAUCCAUCUCCAAGCUCUUUUAGGCAAUAGAUGGGCAGCCAUAGCUUCUUACCUCCCUCAAAGAACAGAUAAUGAUAUAAAAAACUAUUGGAACACCCAUUUGAAAAAGAAGCUGAAAAAGGGUCAAAAUCAAGAUGGGGUUUCUUAUUGUCAAUCGGUCCCUAAGGGUCAAUGGGAAAGAAGGCUUCAAACAGAUAUCCGGAUGGCUAAACAAGCACUCACCGAGGCAUUAUCUCUUCGUAAACAAAACCCUUCAACUGGUUUAAACGACUUCAAUGAUCUCUUAAACUCAGCUCAGCCUCAUCAACCACCCACUUACGCUUCCAGUGCCGACAACAUAUCCCGGUUGCUCCAAAACUGGAUGAAAAACACACCCAAACCGGCUUCCGCCACCGCCACCACGAACUCGGCCGAAACUAUGACCCGGAGUUCCUUCAACUCUAAUGAUGAAGGGGCAUUGAGCGACAAGGGUUUGGACUCAUUCUUCAGCUUCAACUCUUGCAGUACUUGUUCAGAUAAUGAUGUCUCACAUGAAUCUGAAAACAGCGUCGUUUUCCAAGUGGAAAGUAAGCCCAAUAUGGGGGAUCAAAUUCCUCUUACUUUGAUAGAGAAAUGGCUGUUGGAUGAUGUGCUGUUCUGAAAAUAAUCAUCAGUUUCAGUUACUUUAAUUAGGGUUCUUUGUUUGGGUUUUCAGUCUAUAUUUAUAAUUAAGCCGAAAGGUAACAAACAGGACAGCAUGCUGUAGGAAGGACAUGAAGAAGUGUAUAUUAAGUAAAACUAAUAUAUAGUACACUAUAUAUAUCUACAGGAUAUCCUAAUAAAUUAGAAACAUCUCUUAUCGUAUUA